AUGCGGCGCCUGUCCCGGUCCCUCUCGGUCACCUCCCUCAGUGGGGUGCUUCCUCAGUGGGACGAGGAGGAGCUGCAGGUGGAGGAGCUGCUGAUGUUCGAGGCGUCCUGGGAGGUCACCAACAAAGUGGGAGGCAUCUACACCGUGAUCCAGACCAAGGCCAAGAUCACUGUGGACCAAUGGGGCGACAGCUACUACAUGAUGGGGCCAUACUUCGAGCACAAUUUCCAGACGCAGGUGGAGGGCUGCGACCCCCCCCACACCGCCGUCCAGAGGGCCAUGGACGCCCUCAACAACAACGGCUGCAAGGUGCAUUGUGGGCGCUGGCUGAUCGAGGGCAGUCCGUUGGUGCUUCUGUUCGAUCUGGGCUCGGCGGCCUGGAACCUUGACCGGUGGAGGGGAGACCUGUGGCACAGCUGCCACAUUGGCCUGCCCUACGAGGACCGCGAGGCCAACGAUGCCCUCAUCCUGGGGGCCCUCAUCGCCUGGUUCUUCAAAGAGCUGACGGACGAGGUCGGGGACUCGCCGCGUGUGAUUGGUCAUUUCCAUGAGUGGCAGGCGGGCCCCGGGCUGAUCUUGUGCCGCUCCCGCAGGGUCCCAGUGGCCACCGUGUUCACCACCCACGCCACGCUGCUGGGACGCUACCUGUGUGCUGGCAACGCAGACUUCUACAACAACCUGCACACGUUCAACGUGGACAAAGAGGCGGGCGAGAGGCAGAUCUACCACCGCUACUGUCUGGAGCGAGCGGCGGUCCACUGCGCCCACGUCUUCACCACCGUCUCCCAGAUCACUGCGGUGGAGGCGGGACACAUGCUGCACCGCAAAGCUGACGUGGUGACGCCCAACGGUCUGAAUGUGAAGAAGUUCUCCGCUGUCCACGAGUUCCAGAACCUGCACGCCACGAGCAAGACACGCAUCCAGGAGUUUGUGCGAGGACACUUCUACGGUCACCUGGACUUUGAUCUGGACAAGACGCUCUUCUUCUUCAUCGCUGGACGUUACGAGUUUUCAAACAAAGGCGCCGACAUUUUCCUGGAGUCUCUGUCUCGACUCAACUACCUGCUGCGGGUGCAGCGCAGUGAUGUCACGGUGGUGGUCUUCUUCAUCAUGCCCGCCAAGACCAACAACUUCAACGUAGAGUCCCUGAAGGGGCAGGCGGUCCGCAAGCAGCUGUGGGAUACUGCUCACACGGUGAAGGAGAAGUUUGGGCGCCGCCUCUACGAUUCUCUGCUCAAGGGGCAGAUUCCUGACAUGAACGCCAUCCUGGACCGGGACGACUUCACCCUCAUGAAGCGGGCCAUAUUCGCCACACAGAGACGCAGCCUUCCUCCUGUAACCACUCACAACAUGUUGGACGAUGCCACGGACCCGAUCCUCAGCAACGUGCGGCGCAUCGGCCUCUUCAACGACCGUGAGGACCGAGUCAAGAUCAUCUUCCACCCUGAGUUCCUGUCUUCCACCAGUCCUCUGUUGCCGAUGGAUUAUGAUGAGUUUGUUCGUGGCUGUAACUUAGGAGUCUUCCCCUCGUACUACGAGCCCUGGGGCUACACUCCAGGGCAAAGACAUGAGCCUGGACCCGGAAGUAUCACUCUCACCCACAGGAAGGCAGACGAGCCAACCAGGAAGAGCCUAUUCACCCUGGGACAGAAGAGCCCGCCCACCUGUCCAUCAACAUGUGAGGAGGUCCCUGAGUCUGCUGCAGUCAGAGACGUCAGUGCACUGUGA